UCUCUAACCACACACAUCUCUCUCUCUCUCUCUCUCAUUUUAUUCCCCAACCUGGGACACUGCCAAUGCCAUCUCUCUCUCUCACCAUCUCUGCCUUUAUAGUAGUAGUACCAUAGAAUCAAUCUCUCUCUCUCUCUAGCUCCUAUGCAUGUAACCUCUCUUCCCCCCUCUCUUUCUCUCUCUCUCUCUCAAACACAAAACCCCAUACAAGAAUGAUAUGCCACUCAUGACCUAAUCACCCAAUUCCACUACAUCUUCUCCAGUUCUUCCUUGGAACCAAAAGUUGAGCUCGUAUAGCUAGUUGCAAGAAGAUUCCACUGCUGCAAUGAGCACUACUACUAGCAGUGCGACUCCUGAUCUCUCCCUCCACAUCAGCCCUCCGUCGCGGGACACCGGAGAGAUGCCGGAGCCGAGGCUGCUGGUGGGGCUUGAGCUCGACGCGGCGGCGGAGGAAGCGGCUGUGCAGCGGCACGCCCUCCACGUGCAGCAGCGGCUGCACCAGCCGAGCCAGACGGCCCACGGGCUCAAGAAGAGCUCCGGCGGCACCGGCGGCGGGAAGAGGAGCGCGAGGGCUCCGAGGAUGCGGUGGACCACCGCGCUGCACGCGCACUUCGUGCACGCCGUCGAGCUGCUUGGCGGCCAUGAGAGAGCAACACCAAAGUCAAUCUUGGAACUGAUGAACGUCAAGGAUCUUACACUGGCUCAUGUCAAGAGCCACCUGCAGAUGUACAGAACAGUGAAGGGCGCAGACAGAUCAUGUGUUGCAGGCCAUGGCCAGGCCAGAGACAUGGGCUUUCUGAGAAGAGUCGUUGGUGACGUAGACGGCUUUGAUGGGUUCCACACCACUACUACCUUCAGCAACAAUACUGUUAGCUCUUGGUCUUUGUGUCUGCAAGUCUGCAACUUGGCUGCAUUUGGAGGGAGGUCACAGUCUCCAGGAGAGCAGUUGCAGCUGGAUGAUCAUCAUCAUAGCGCUGCUUGGAUCCAGUUGCAAGCCCAGCAGAGCAGCAACGAACUGAUGCUGCAGCCAUUGCCAUGCCUGCCUUACAACCUCAUACCUCAACCUGAUCGCCUCUUGAUGGAGCCAAGUCAGGGAUUACUAAAGGGAGGAGCACAAAAUCACGGGGACGGCGCCGGUGUUCGUCUCGCAGAGGAGGCUCGUCGUGUCAUGCAGGAGAAAGUAUCAUCGCCGCCGCCUCAUCACCACGCCGAGAUCGGCAUUGGGCGGCCGUCGCCGAACACGAGCGGCAGCGGCGACACGGCCGUUUCGAGCUCGGACUGGCUGCAGGAGCUGCCGCGGCAGCAGCACGGGUACCAGAGCCCAGGCGACGCCAUGAGCAUCAGGAUGGUGAGGCGGCCGGCACCGCCUAGCCUGGAGAUGAGCCUGGGGAGGCAGGGGUGGCAGAUGGACCAGUGCGGCGGCGGCGGCGGCGUGGGCGUGGAGUUCGAGUCCUCGCCGUCGGCGUCCAAAGAGCUAACCCUCCUCAAGUGCUUGUGAGAAAUAAUAUAGCUUUAAUUGCUCUUCACUUGAUCUACUGCUAGAAUGAUCGAUGCAGUCUAGAACAGCCUUGCAGAUCAAAUCAUCACCAUCUUUUUCUUA